AUGGUUACAGAAUCCAAACUUAGGAUAAACGUUGGAUCUGAAGCCAAUCGAUCGAGGAAGAAGCGUGGAGCUGAAGAGGUAGAAGAGCUUGAUCAGGCAAAUACGAAUAAGAAGAAGCAAAAGAUGGAUCGCGAUCGCGAGUUGUUGUCCUUGCAUGAUCUGUGUCUAAAUUUACUAGAAUCGAUGAGAGACGAAUGGUUAGGUUGGCGUUUUGAGGAGCUUGUCAUUGAAAACCCUAAUUAUUUCUCUGUUAUAUCAAAGCCAAUGGAUUUCGUCACAAUCAAGUCCAAACUCGCCAAGAAUCUCUAUCUCAAUAUUGCUGAAGAGUUUCCCAGAGAUGUUCAAUUAGUCUUCGAGAAUGCGAUUCGCUAUUAUCCUCCUGAGAAUUCGCUUCACAAGAACGCUAAGAAGCUUAAGAAGCUUUUUGAGUUGAGGUGGGAAUCGGUAAAGACGAAGAUAGCUUGUGGGAGAGUUACCUUGGGCCAAAAGGUUUCUCGUUUGAUAAAUCCAGUGAAAGAGCAGAGCAAAGAGGAUAAGCCUGAGAGCAAAUUCGAAUUCGAUCAAGGUUUAAUGCCCUUAUCUCCUACGAAGGCUCUUCGUGCGGCAACAAUCAGGAUUCGAUUUGCAGAUACUAUCGUGAAGGCCAAAUAUAGAAAGCUUAUCGACGAGAGUGGUGGUAACAAAGCUGAUGUGAUGAUGAGAAUGGAGAAAGAAAAGCAACUUUUAGAAAGAAGGGAACGUGAAGUGAAAGCUAGAAUCGAAGGUGAGCCUAGAGCUGCCAGGUUGAAAGUGCUAUGCAGGGAACGGCUUGCGUUAGAGGAGUUGGAAGAAGAAGCCAAAUUCAAUAUUGUAGAUAACUUGCAAACUAUGAAGGAGGUGGUGAAACUCUGUGGUAGAUCCUAUCUGGCAAGAAGAACUCGGAGGAUUGAAGAAGAGCUUGGUCUGUUUUUAACAAUUGAGGAUUAUUGGCCGGAACUGGAAGAGAUUAAGGAGGAGGGAGAAAUCUAG